AUGGCAGUUGCAUCCACCAAAUCCACCCUCUAUGCCCUCUUCUUCCUCAUCGCCGUCGUCUCCCUCGUGGCCGCACGACGUAUCCCAGGCGAAUGGACCCCCAGCACCUUUGUCACGCCCAAACCUGCUCCUUACCAGGACUGGUCCAUCGAGACCACCAAACCCCUCCCCUACAGGGCCUUCCGGCACGGUCCCAAGUACAAUGUGACCAUGGGCCUGCGGUCGGUGCAGUUCGAGGACUGGAUCCAGCUGGACAACCACUUCCCGCGCUACCACGCCGAUAAGGCCAGGCGCAUCGCCGAGCGCGGAGAGAAGUGCUGCCGCACGGCGCCCGAGGCGUUCCCCGCGGCCGUGGAGCUGCUCGAGGAGCUGACCGAGUACCUACCAGCGCGGUACCCCUCGCUGUACCGGCGGACAGACGUAGGGCUGGACAACAUCUGGUCGGGCGAGUCGUUCAACAUCGUGGAGCGGCCCCUCAAGGAGGACCCCAUCGUCAUGUGCGCGCGUCUGGUGCAGGACGACCUGGCGCUCAUGUUUGAGCGGCCCGACGGGCAGUACUACCUGCUCGCGGGCGCGAUCCUGCUCGCCGGGUUCUGGCGGCUGGAGGACAAGGUCGGGAUGCCGCUGUCGGAAAUCCACACGUCGGGCGAGGUGCCGCAGUACAAGGAGAAGCUCGAGAAGGGCAUGAUGAGCUUCUUCAGGCGGCUCAAGUGCGAGGACCUGUACGCGCGCAACAACUACUUCAUCCAGGUGGACGACGACCUCGCGUGGAGCUGGAGCAUCGGGUCCGAGGACUCUGCCGACAUCAGCUGGAACACGGCCGAGAAGAACCGCGCCGUCGAGCACCACUUCUUCCGGUCCGAGAGGCAGACGCUGCGGAGGCUUCCCAAGACUGGGGCCGUGGUGUUUACGAUUCGGACGUAUUUCCACCCCGUCACGGAUAUUGCGCAGGAGGACUAUGUGCCGGGGAGGCUGGCCAGUGCGGUGAGGAGCUGGGGGUCGGAUGUCAGGAAGUACAAGGGGGCGGAUAAGUAUGGUGAGGUCUUGCUGGAGUAUCUGGAUCAGGAACAUCAGAAGCAACUUGAUCGUGGCUUGGAUAUGUCCAAGGAGGAUGAGGUUAGACAGUAUCCAUGGUGA